AUGGCUCUCUGUGUUUGCAAAUGCCUUAAUGUAACAAUAAAUUGUGCUAAAGUAGAACAAAUAAGUGAUAUUGAAAGACGGGACCUAUCGUCGACCGAACAAAGAGAUAUUUUUUUCAAUGAGAAUUUGAUUUCUUGCCAACUGAGUACUUUGGAGAGUACUAUCAUUCAACCACCACUUAUUAGCAGCAGGCCUGCUGGGCAGUGGUCACUAGAAUCAUGCUUGGCAUGUGGUGUGACAUUUAUGGCUAAACUUCAAGAGAAAGAUCUUGCCCUUAUUAACUCAUCUUUACAGACUACUCAAGAGAACAUAAAUAACUUAAAGAAAUCAAGCAACUAUUCCCCUGUAUUCAACUUAUUGGUCCCAGAAUCAAAUAUUAGCAUAGACUUCAAAGAAAAUGUAGACACAAACAACAUACAGAGUAACAAGACAAGUUUAUCUUCAAUGGCAGCAGUUGGUUUACGAAAGCAGCUAAAUAAGUCUCUACAAAAUCAAUUAGAAACUAUUGAAGAAAUGGUCAGACAAUACAAAGACCAGAAGUAUGCAGAGUAUGAAGCAUACAGAGAACGAGCACAAAAGGAACACAAAAUUUUAAGCAGUAUAAUAAGCAAAGCACAAUCGAACGAAAGUGAAGCCUGGAACAGCAACGUGGUCAAUGGGCCUCCUUCACCCCUCGCUCCUCCCCUUCAGAGGAGAAGGCUUUCGUCUAUAAAAGACAGUAAGAAGUUCUCGCACAAUAUUAAGGCCAGAGCGCAAACUCCACAAGAGGAAGACUCCUUGGAUGCUGAGGACAUCUUUGACCUUGAAGGCAUGGACUCCCGCAACAUGGUGUCAGACUUUGAUGAUUAUGAUUCUGAUCCCGAGGGCAGCAACGACGAAGGCAUCCACAUUUCUCGGGGCCGCGCAGUCGCAGGCGCAGACGUAGCGCGCUCUUUGCCCGUCAACGUGCCCAACUUCCCCGAGAGGCACACGCAAAUUGAUCUCGCCGAUAAUGAGGAGCCACAGGACAUAGCGGCCAGCAUCAAGGCAUUGGCUCGUUCGGCUUACGGUGUUUUCGAGUUGCCCAGACCGCGAUUUUCUACUCAAAUCUAG